CAAAACACUUUUCAAAAUCUAAAUCAACUUAAUAACGUAGCAAAAUUUUAAUUUUCUUGUGAAAAAUUUUCAAAUUUCGUCGAAAAAAUAAAAUUUUCUGAUACAAAAAAUAAAAUAUUUUCGAAUUUUUAAAGAAAUGCCAGGAAGCCAAUCGAAAAUUUCAUUUGAUGCCAUAAAUAUAGUGAGAGCUGAAAAUAUUUACUUAACGGACAAUAAAAAAGAUCGAAAUGCAAAAAGGAAAAUAUCAACCAAUGAUGAAACCGUAUUUGAAAAGAAAAAGUUAGUUUCGGAUUCGGAAACAAGACAUACCACCAAACAUAAAAAUUUAAAGUUUAACACCAAAGAUCAGAAAUCAAAAAUGGCUUCUUCUCUUUCAACGGCAGGAAAAAAGUCCAGAAAACGUCAGUGGGAUAUUGGUAAUGCCUAUUCCAAAUUAAAUGCACAAGUGAAAAACCCUCCAAAAUCUAACGAUGGUCAUCCUAAAAAUGUUCUAACCGAAAAAAUUGAUUCUGCAAUUUCAUUGUAUGCAACUCCAAGAGAGGAAAUUUCAAUAAUUGAUGGAAUUGAUUUGGAAAACAUGAAUCCAAAUCAUUUGCCACAACAUUUCUAUGAAUCUGAACUCGAUAAUUUUAUUCGUAGUCAAUAUCCCGACUUCGAGGAUUGUUUGGAAUAUGAUUUUCAGGAACCUUUGAAUUUUGAAAAAUAUGAUUUACCACCGGAAUCUUUUCACCCUAAAAAAAGCAAUUUACGACACUUUAAAGAGUUACUCGAGCGAGAGGAAUCGUCACAAAAUAAACUGUUGCAAAAGAGUGAAGUAGAAUUGUUAAGAGAUAUCGUCAAAGCUGAUGAGCGAUAUCAAAAGCUUAAACGGGAUGACUAUCAAUUAUUAAAGGAGAUUCUUUUGGGGCAACUUAAAGAAAUCUCUGAACAGGAGCGAGUCAUCAAGAUCGCUCUAAACAAGAUUCGAUGUGAAAGGAAUCAAGAUUUCCAAGUUAGUACUCUCAAAGUUGCAAAAGCUGAACAGCCAUUGGAAAGUAAUAUUACAAAAAUAAAUUUAAAUAAAGUUCCUUUAGCUACUGAUCAAAAAUCAAUCGAAAAGAAGACUUGUACUCCAAAAACUAAGGCAAAGCAAGAACUUGAUGUAUUUUUCAAAAAUGUCCCAACACUUGAGAGCGAAAUUCGAAUUCUCAAAUUGUUAGGCCAAAAACUUGAAGAAACACUAAAAAAAUCAACUGAAACUACAACAAUUAAAUCAACCCCGUUAACUUUACUUUCAACUCAGUGUUUAUAUUAUAAACAUUUCGUUACUAUUGCUUCGUCUAUGGUGUUUCCAAUGGCAUUUAAAUCUAUUCUUGGUUUAGUUCAAGAAUUUAAGAUUAGUCACCAAACAAUCAACGAACUCAAGCUCGAGAGAGAUUUCUACAUUGCAACUGAUUUGGACAACUUCACUCUGCAACGGACAAACUUCGAUUUACUUCGAUACAAUCCCGAGUUUCUUCUUCGCAAGCUCAAACCCUUAACAAAGGAUUCUCGACUGAAAUUCAAUUUUAUCGAACAGGAUCCAAUGUUUUUCAAUCAUUUCAUCGCAAACAUAUGCAAUAUCUCUCCAAAAACAUUGACUGGGACUUAUAUUCCGGAAAAUUCCAAAACAAUUAAUUGUGUUCCAGCAAUCAAAAUGAAUGAUGUUGGUGAUGGAGCUGGAGAUUUUAUAUUCAAAGAUGACGACCUGAAUAAAGAACUGCCAGUUGAGAUGGAGAAUGCCAUAAGUAGAACAAUUAGUGAUAGAAAUAAAUUCAAGCAACAGCGUUCCCGCACACCAUUGCAAGAAAAGAAAUUUGUAUCAGCCAAAAAUAGCCUUCUCAAGACCGUUCUUUUAGGUUUCCUUCAUUUGACAUUAGUUUUAGUGGUUUUAAGUGCCAUUUUUUAUCCAGAUGUUAUUUGUUUUUAAAUCAAUCAAUUUUAGCAUACCAUCUUUAUUGAAUUAAAAAACUAUUCAAUUUAAA